AAAUAAGGCGUCUCCAAGUGUCAAGUCCCAGCUGUAAUGUUUUGGUUGGAGGAGGAGCAGAGGCUGGCAUUUUUCCGAUUAUGUUUUCUGUGUGAAAGAAUAUUGGGGUGUCACUAAUUCAUAAGUCAGGAUGCGUCUGCGAGCAUCUUCCUUAGUGUUUGGUGGUGCAGUGAGCCUUGCAACACUUGUGCUGCUCUACCAGGUCUUAAGCUUACCUCCAGAAACACAUCCUCCAGGAGAUGCGAAGGAAAUGCGCUCUCUCGAGUCUCGCUUGCAUAGACUGGAAAAUGAUAUACAAUCAAAUCAUCACACCAUCCAGGAGAUUAAAGAUUUGGUUCGACAAUUAGGCAGUGCCAAUAUCAAGGCAAAUGGUCUUCUAGGACCAAGUGAUUCUAUUAGUUUACCAAACAAAUUUGCAAGGAAUAGUCUUAAUGCAAUGAAUGUGAAUGAUAUAAAUGGGCAGGAAGUUCCCCUAAAGAGUGCCUCUGUUGCUAUACAUCACAAUAAGACCUUUGCCAACAUUGCCCAAGAUGACUGUAUAUUUGGACAAGCAGCUGCAUCACCUGUUGAUAUUCAGAUGGAAGAUGUCUACAACAUUAUGAAAUUCGACAACCCUGAUGGUGGCGCUUGGAAACAAGGGUGGAAUAUCCAGUAUGACGAAUCACAAUGGACACCUGAUAAGAAACUAAAAGUCUUUGUUAUUCCACACUCUCACAAUGAUCCAGGUUGGAUCAAAACUGUAGAGCAGUACUUCAGCGAUCAAACAAGACAUAUACUUGAUCAUAUGGUACAGAGGUUACCGCAGGAUCAGCGACGCAAAUUUAUUUGGGCUGAAAUGUCCUACCUCUCCAUGUGGUGGGAUCAGCAGCCUGAAAGUGUCAAGGAUGUUGUAAGAAGCCUAGCAGAUCGUGGUCAGCUGGAAAUAGUAACUGGUGGAUGGGUGAUGAAUGACGAGGCAAAUACCCAUUACUUUGCUAUGUUGGAACAGAUGGUAGAAGGGCAUGAGUGGGUUAGACUCAACCUUGGAAUCAAGCCAAACAAUGGCUGGGCCAUAGAUCCAUUUGGGAUGACCCCCACCAUGGCCUACUUGUUGAAGCGCAUGGGCCUGGAGAAUAUGCUUAUCCAACGUGUGCAUUACUCUGUGAAGAAACACUUGGCUAGAGAAAAGAGCCUAGAGUUUAAGUGGCGACAGAUCUGGGACACAGGUUCAUCAUCAGAUAUGUUUUGCCACAUGAUGCCCUUCUACAGCUACGACAUUCCCCAUACUUGUGGUCCUGACCCAAAGAUUUGCUGCCAGUUUGAUUUUCUACGAAUGUCAGGAUCUGGUGUUACUUGCCCAUGGAGAGUUCCCCCACAGCCUAUUACCAGUUACAAUGUGAAAUCAAGGGCCGAGCUUCUCCUAGACCAGUACCGCAAGAAAGCACAGCUCUUCCGCAGCAAUGUCCUCUUGGUCCCCCUUGGUGAUGAUUUCCGAUAUGUACGUGCUGAGGAGUGGGAUAACCAGUACACCAAUUACCAGAAGCUGUUUGAUUACAUGAAUUCCAGAGAGGAUUUACAUGUUCAGGCUCAAUUCGGCACUCUUGCGGACUAUUUCCGUGCUCUGCAUGAGGAGACUGAUUCGCCAGCAGGAGAGGAACAGGGGGUCUUCCCAACCUUAUCAGGAGACUUCUUUACUUAUGCUGACAGAGAUGAUCAUUAUUGGAGCGGUUAUUAUACUACUCGACCAUUCCACAAGGCUUUGGAUCGCAUACUGGAAGGAUACGUAAGAGGUGCUGAGAUCUUGUACUCCUUAAUGUUAGGAAGUCAGAGUGCAAUAAACACACCACUGACGGAGUUAGCAAACCUCCUGAUGGCUCGUUUGGUGGUGGCUCGCAGAAAUUUGGCUCUCUUCCAGCAUCAUGAUGGCAUUACUGGAACUGCUAAGGAUCAUGUUGUUGUGGAUUAUGCAAAGAAGAUGCUAGAGAGUAUUCACAAUUGCCAGCAUGUGAUUCAGCAGGCAGCACACUAUCUUCUUUCAUUUGAACAGCGGAGUUAUAAUGCCAAUGCGGGAUCAGUGUACUAUGAAUUAGGGGAAAAAUUCCUGGAGCACAACAAGCUGGCAUCACACAUGAUUGUGGCACUAAGAGAUGGUUCAUCAGUGCCAAUAGUCAUCUACAACCCACUCGCACAGCGUCGUCAGGAGCUAUUCACAAUUAGAACGUCAAGUGCAUAUGUGGAAAUAAUUGAUAGCAAGGAGAAAAUGGUGCCAUGUCAGGUAGAUCCUGUCUUCCUUAAAUCAGAAGUAUCGCAGACAAUGUUUGACAUCACUUUCUUGGUUGAUCUACCAGCUCUGUCACUUAUGACAUAUACUAUUAAAGCCAGAGAUCCAGGAACUGUUAACCCCAAGAUGGUCAUGUUCUCUGAUGUGAUUGUGCGGCACACGGGAGCACCUACAGUACCAAAUGUCUUCAAUGUAAUCGAGGAAAAGGACACCAACCCAUUUUCAGUGAAGACAGAUCAAGUCGAAGCUACAUUUAGCAGUAAUGGCUUACUCCAGGCUGUGACAACACAAGGACAGACAAUUCCAGUCUCUUUGGAAUUUGUUAAAUAUGGAGUCAAAAAUAAUCGGGAGACUAGUGGUGCAUACUUGUUCCUGCCAGACAAGGAGGCAGUGCCAGUUGACGUAGGUAGGGCUGGCGUUAUGCUCGUCAAGGGACCUCUUAUGUCAACUGUGUCCAUCCAAUUGAAAAAUGUCCAUCAUGUUGUCAAGAUCAAGAAUUCCCCAGGUGUUGAUGGCAUUGGACUUGACAUCAGUAAUCAUGUUGACAUCACUGCAGAGCAUAAUUUCGAGUUUGCCAUGAGACUAAACACAGGAAUAAAGAAUGAUAAUAUAUUUUACACAGACCUGAAUGGAUUCCAGAUUAUCAAGCGAGUGAGGUACGCAAAGCUACCCCUACAAGCAAACUACUACCCAAUUCCAUCUCAAGCUUUCAUCCAAGACCAAGACUUCCGCCUCUCUCUCAUAUCUGCUCAGCCUCUUGGUGGUGCCUCCUUACAAAGUGGACAGCUGGAGAUCAUGAUGGACCGCCGCCUAAACCAGGAUGACAACCGAGGUCUUGGCCAGGGUAUCCUAGACAAUCUCCACACUGCCAGUAUCUUCCGCCUUUUGGUAGAGCCAAGGAUCUCCACCAAGGAAUCUGGUCCAGCUCAUGAUGGUCCUGCAGCCUUCCCAUCGCUUGUGGCUCAUGCAGCAACCAACACCCUCCUUUACCCAGUCUACUCUCUGAUACCAGUGUCUAAGGUGGGUCCCAUGCACUCAUCUUGGACUGUUGGUGGAGAACUGCCUUGUGAUGUCCACAUGGUCAACUUGCGCACCAUGCUAGACCCUCCAAUUACUACAGGUGCUCAGAGAUUGCAACAUCCUGCAGGCAAGACCACAUCCCUCACACUGCAUCGUCUGGGCUUUGACUGCGGUUUGAAAUCCCAGGGACUUUCAUGCUCUACAAAUGGAGGAAAGGUUCGCUUGUCAGAGGUGUUUCCCAACAUGUUCAGUGAGCAGGUGCACCAGAUGUCGUUAUCUAUGUUAUAUGAAGGUGUUGACAUGACAAAAUCAUACACUUUGUCCUUACAGCCCAUGGAGCUUUAUACAUUCAGACUUCUUCUUAGCUAGCUAAUAUAAAACUUUCUUUAGCUAUACUGUUCUGUGUUGAGCAGCAUUGUUAUUUUAUAAAUAAGAUUUUAAAGUUUUUUUAAUUCUUUUACGUUGACCCCUUUAAAUUUGAUUUGAAGAGUAGUUUUUAUUAUGGUCUUUUAUUUCAAGUCUUUAGAAUCACAGAUAAAAGUGAAAUUUUAAAAGAGAGUAUGUAAAACUGACACCCAUAAAUACAUUAAAAAAAAAAUUUAGUUGCUGUUAUAUUGCACCCACCCCUUUUUCUCCUUAGCAAAGACACCAUUUCCCUUAACUCUGGGAACCACUAGAAAAAAAUAAUAACAUAGGUUACUUGUGAUCUAACUUCAGCCUUAGAGGUAACUGAGAGAAGGGUAAUAUCAAAACAAUUAAUGAGCUUACAACAUUUCCUGAUAUAUUGAAUCAUAAAUCAUAACACUUUCACAACCAAAAACAUUUCAUCAACAAAAUAUCAAAACUUUCUCCAAAUGCGUGUUGUCCAAGCUGUCACUCUUUUCACUGGUAAUUCUUCUUUGGUCGUUCGUCUGUACAGAUCCCUUUUCUCAGAUUUCUUCUUAUCUUCCCUUCAUCAGUUCAAAGAUGAUAUCUUCUUUACUUCUUGUCCACAGCACCAAGAACAAAAAAUCAAAGCA